GGAGGGGAGAAGACUAGCCAUAGCAGCCUUUUGAAAUACAAAUACAUUUGUCUCGUCUCAGAAUAUCUAUUUCUUUGUGAGGCACCUUGGACGUCAUCAGUGGAUGUUUCCUACGCUCAUUUUUAACCGGCUUCUCACUUCAAACGCGCCCAAAAGGAGGUAAACCAGCAGGAGAAAUCCUAAAAGAAGAAAAGCGGCCUAUUUUGUUCCUGAUAUCCUGGAGCCGCAGAUCACACUCGCGGCCGGUGUAGCAGAUCUCUCCGUUUUCUUUCGCGUGUUUUCGGGUACUUUGGAGACUUUAUCGUGUGCAUUUUCUGCUGCGCGACGUACACGUAAUUCGCGAGUAAUCAUGGUGAUAUUACCGACUGGUGAACGGAGGCUAUUUUAGGCACCUCGGGAGAACUUGUACAAAAGCGGCCUGUUUUGUUUUUGCAACAGCACCGCCAUGAAAAGCGGAGGGACAAUAACACAAAUUGUGCUCGGGGUUUGAUCCGCCUCUGGUCUCCGAACGGAUCGGGACCAAACGUCGGCUCGGCCGUAGUGCAAGGACAUGAAGCGGCACGUCGGAAACACCACCACCAAUUUCGGCGAUCCGAAAAACGAGGGGCAGAAUAUCUAGCUGUGUUUGAAUUUGGGAGCUCCAACCUGCUCUGCACUGGUAAUUGGAGGCCAGCUAACGCUCAGCGGCCAAGAGCGCCGCCACUGUAUUGUUGUUGAAUUUUUAAUCGAAAAAAAUAAAACGAAUUGAAGCUGAUAUUUCCCUUCCAUAGCAGGGCCUCCUUGCGAGUUAUUUUUGGAUGAUUUUUGAAUCUUAUCUAAGCUCAUGGACUUUUAUCCGAUGAUGAUUGUUUAUGCGUAUUUUCUACCAUGGAAGAGGGAAAAACGUUAAAAUGGAGUGGUCGUAGCCUGCUGUGUAUGAUGUUGUGCUGUGUGCUUCUAUGGAAAGACAUUUGUGUGCGUGUGUAGCGAUAGCUAGAGUUCAUAGCUAGCUAUAUCACGCUGCAUGUGUAAGGACCAUACCCGAUCCCCGUGCAACGAUCGUUUUAAUCAUUGAGGAAGACACCCGUGUGCACUGCGAAAUUCGCAUGUUUCCAACAUUUCCUGAACAUUACGGUCGGCGGCGUUGCGAGUCAGGUCCACCUCCCCAGCCACAGUGCUCGGCAUCUCGGCGACAUUGAGGGUCCCUCAGCUGGCGGCGGACCUGCUGCGUGAUACUGUCUCUCCUUUUCUCCCCGAACUGGAUCCAUUUAGUGCGAGAUUGCUGAGAUGAACCCGGUGAAUGCGACCACUCUCUACGUGUCAGCUUGUCGUUCGGUGCUGCAGUGCGAUCCCCGGGACCCCCAGUCUUUGACCGAACUCUACAAGCUGUUACCUUUCUUCAGACAGUCUCUCUCCUGCCUUGUGUGCGGGAAUUUGCUCCAAGAUCCAAUAGCCCCAACCAACUCAUCAUGCCAGCAUUAUGUCUGCAAAGCAUGUAAAGGCAAAAAGAUGAUGAUGAAGCCAUCCUGCAGCUGGUGUAAGGACUAUGACCAGUUUGAGGAGAAUAAGCAGCUGUGUAUCUUGGUAGAUUGCUACAGGAAACUCUGUGAGUACAUUGCAGGGUCUUCCCUCGCCCCACAUAUUUCGAAUGCGGCGGGCGGGUCCCCAGACAUACUGGCCCUGUUGAACGAGGGCCUUUCAUUGGACAGCAGCAAGCAAGGGGAGGACUCUGUCUCACUGACCUUGACGCACCACUCGCCUGCUCCCUCCACGUCAGAGACACCCCCAGAGGAGGACCAGUUGCCGCACUCGCUGGACAUCAAGGAGCACCCCCUGAGUCCUUUAGGGGUCAACGGUCUUCAGGAGUGUAAUGGUUUAAGCAGCAUGGAUGAGCUGGCGGGCGACUUGCCCUCCCCUCACACUGGUGUCACGGUGGAGGUGCCGGUGGAGGGGGUGAAGCAGGAGAAGUUUGCGGAUGAACUCCCCGUGUGUGAGGUGGCAGCGGCGGUGGGCGAGGAGCUGUGCGCCGGCACCAUGAACAUAUGUGGCUUCAGCGAGGACAUCAAGCAUGAUGGCGGGUCCCUCCUGUUGAGUGUGGAGGAGGUGCUGAGGACUCUGGAGCCAGACCCCGUCCCUCAGGACGAGUGUCCUGCUAUCCUGCAGCCGGGCCUCGAAGUGCUCGGCAACGGGAACGGGGCAUUCGACUGCGCCGCAGCCGCUGACCCUCCACGCCGGCUCUCCUCCCUCCCGUUUGACUCGGCGGCCGCCUUGGCCCCGCAGCAUCCUGCCUCCCAGCAGAACCCCCAGCCUUCAUCGGGGAUCUCCUGUUCUGCCAUCACCCCCCGGGUGCCACGGUCCAGCCGCAAGCGCUCACGCUCCGAGAGCGACAGCGAGAAGAUCCAGCCGCUGCCUAUCUCCACCAUCAUCAGGGGGCCCGCCCUGGGCGCCUCUGUGCCCGUCCCUGUCAAGUGCGAGCCCAAAGCCCCGGCCCAGGCCGCGCCACACCUGGUGGCCGUGCCCAAUGGCGGCGGCCUGUCCAAAGUGGGGAAGGCCUUGCUGGUGCCCAGCAAAAGUGUCAAAAAGAGCCUCGACCAGCACGGACCCAAGAAGGCAUACGCCAAGUCGAAGCAGGGCACCCCCAAGUCGAAGGACAAGACGAAAGAGCGGCUGGCGGGCAACUCCCUGGUGCCCGGGAGCCCCACUAAAGUGGUGUACAAGAAGCCCCAGGAGAAGAAGGGCUGCAAGUGCGGCAGGGCCACCCAAAACCCAAGUGUUCUUACGUGCCGGGGCCAGCGGUGCCCGUGCUACUCCAACCGCAAGGCUUGCCUGGACUGCAUAUGCCGCGGCUGCCAGAACUCCUACAUGGCCAACGGCGAGAAGAAGCUGGAGGCGUUCGCUGUGCCCGAGAAGGCCCUGGAGCAGACGCGGCUCACGCUGGGCAUCAACGUCACCAGCAUCGCCGUGAGGAACGCAGGCAGCGGCGGCGGAGGAGCCGCCGGCGUGCUCAAUGUCGCCGCAGCCACCGGCUCGCCUGUCACCUCCUUCUUAUCUGCCGGGCCACAUGAGGACAAGGGGUUUGACGAGUCUCUAGACAUGAGGUUUGACUGUUGAACCCCGCCCACUCUGCCCCGCCUCCCGCACGAUGCUCUUACCGUCACACCCCCUUAUUCCAGCCUGGCUCUCUCUCUGCAAGCCCUUGCCAAGCCCUGCAGGGGAGCCAGUGGAGUCAACAAUAAGGCAGCUACUGUGAUUCUGUUCCAGUUCAUGUUAUUGAUUGACUUUGUCGUUGCUGAAGCUUGUGCCUAUAAAUCACUUGUAACUUUUUUUUUUU